AUGGCAGUUGCGCCGGCAAGAGCUCGUACGGACUAUGAUUACCUCAUCAAGCUUCUUCUCAUCGGCGAUAGCGGUGUGGGGAAGAGUUGCUUGUUACUGCGUUUCUCCGAUGAUACUUUCACUACAAGUUUCAUUACUACCAUUGGAAUUGACUUCAAGAUAAGAACUGUUGAACUUGAUGGGAAGCGUAUCAAAUUGCAGAUAUGGGACACAGCUGGUCAAGAACGCUUUAGAACUAUAACUACAGCGUAUUACAGGGGAGCUAUGGGUAUACUUCUUGUCUACGAUGUAACGGAUGAGUCCUCCUUCAACAACAUAAGGAACUGGAUGAAGAACAUAGAGCAGCAUGCAUCAGAUAAUGUCAACAAAAUAUUGGUUGGUAACAAAGCUGACAUGGAUGAAAGCAAAAGAGCUGUCCCAACAGCAAAGGGCCAAGCUUUGGCUGAUGAAUAUGGAAUUAAAUUCUUUGAAACGAGUGCAAAAACAAACCUCAAUGUCGAGUCCGUUUUCCUGUCUAUCGCCAAAGACAUAAAACAAAGAUUGACAGAAACCGAUACCAAGGCAGAGCCCCAAGGCAUCAAGAUCACUAGACAAGAUACUGCUUCAUCUUCUUCCACAACCGAGAAGUCUGCUUGCUGUAGUUACGUCUAG